GUCCUUCUUGCGGCUGGUUCCUCUGCGGAGGUGUACCGUAUCGAUCUAGAGCAAGGCAGCUUCCUGACGCCGUUGGAGUCCGAGUAUGGCUUGGACAACGUGAACCAGCUGUGCUUGAGCCCGCGGAUGCCGCUGCUUGCAGUUGCAGGGUCCGCGCUGUCAUCUACUAGUUCCGAAGACGCGCCGUCGAAACGGUCCUCGAAAAAAAGUAAAAAAGCUGACGAGAAAAACGGCGAGGACGAUGGUCCGGUGGCGCUGGUAGAACUGUGGGAUUUGCGCGGAGAAGGCCGCUCGGUCGGCGUGCUCGAGUUGCCGGGUGGCGCCACCGCUGCCACUGCGAUAGAAUUUUCGCCCUCUGGCAUGCACCUCUGCGUCGGCGACGACCGUGGGGUGGUACGCGUGUACGACAUUCGAUCCCGACGGCCACUUGCCGAGCGCUGCCACAAUAACGAGCUGCCCAUCAAAGCAGUGAAGUACUUCCAGGCCUCCAAUGGUGGCGUGGUGAACGCCGCGGCCGCCAUCCAUCAAAGCAAUAGUACCACAGCAGGAGAACAAGAGGUGCGAUCCGAAGACGUCGGCAUCGACGAAUCCCAGCUGGGACUAGGCGCUUCUGUACUACCGGGACCAUCUGCAUCUUCAUCCACCUCCUCUGCAAAUAAAACGUCAAUAUUAGAUGAGCAGGAUCGCACGAAUAGUAGCGUGUCACUAGGAGUCGGACAAUCAGGCAGCAAUUCCUAUGUGAUCGCGAGUUGCGAUGCCCGGUGCGUGAAACUAUGGGAUUAUUCGCAAGGGGCGCAAAAUAGUUUCUCCAGCAGUAGCAGUAGAGGCCCUUCUAAUACCGCCACAUGUACGACAACGACAGCGGGGGGUGGAGCCUUAUUGCAGCAGACCAGCUCCCGACUCGUGGCCGCGUUCGAGAGCGCAGAGGCCGUGCUGAACGACAUUUGCUUUUUCCCGAAUAGUUCUUUGCUCUUCGCCGCUCAGGACGAACCAAGGGUAGGCAGCUACUUCCUGCCGACGCUGGGUCCGGCACCCAGCUGGUGCGGCUUCCUGGACAGCAUGACCCAGGAAUUGGCGGAGACGGUAUCCAAGCACAUCUACGAAGAGCACACCUUCUUGUCGAAGCAGCAGGUGCACGACCUGCGCGCGGAGGAACUCCUCGGGACCAAGUUUCUGCUGCCGUUCCAUCACGGGUUCUUGAUGCAGAUUAGCAUCUUCGAGAAGUUCAAGCGCGCGUUGGAGGAAGAGCGGCCACGGGCUUCACAGUCUGGAGGAGGCAAGAACAGUGCUGCAGGCCUCUUCGACUUCGAGGAAAGGCUCGCCGCGAAACGCCAGGAGCUUGCCGCCGCGAAGCGACCGAUGCGAGUGCCGGCACCCGACAAGGCCGCCUCAGGAACAACCGCCAGAGUCCAAGCGAACCAGGCUUUGUUCGACAAGCUCAGUGAAAAAGUGGAACAAGCUGGCGAAGUUCUCCGCCAAAAGAAGAAGGCAAGAGGCACUAGUAGUACUACCCAACAACUACAAGAACAGUUGUCUGACAAGACCGCGACUUCUUGCAAACUUUCCUCCGGAGGACUUGUUGAGCCGGAAGGUGUACAACUACCAGAGAGUAAUCAGAAACGGUUAUUGGCAGACGACCGAUUCGCGAAACUAUUUUCGAACCCCGAAUUCGAAAUUGAAGAGGCAGAAAUUCGGGCUCACGAUGUGGGCACCAAAAAAAGAAGGAAGGCAAAGUAAAAAAGCCACACUGACGUGGUCGUGCUUCUGCCUUCGUACGAUCAUAUAACGUUAUAUUUUGUAUUAUUCUACACAACUGCUACGUUGCUCUUGCUGGCGGACCCCUACGUCAGUUUUUCUACAAUCAUUUUCUUGGAAGGUCAAUCCUUUUCUCGGAAGAUUUCGACAUCAUCAUGAAACUGAAAAUGUACGUGCAUUGCAAUGAGAUAAGCGUCUAAGCAAAGUAC